AGGAAGGAGGGGACAGCGCCACAGAGGCCACGAGGCCAAACCCUGGCGGGCCUCUGGGACCGAGGGGCCCUGCGGCGCCCAGGUAGGACACCUCUCCUGGGGGGUCCUGGGAGGCUGAGGAGCUUCGAGGAGCUUACGGGAGCGCCCCCUGCUGAUGCCGCCUGGGGUCUCUAUGGCCUCGCUGAGCCGAGCUCUGCGUGUGGCCGCCACGCGCCCCCCUCGGAGACCCGCGCAGGGCCUGGGGCCACGGCCCCUGACCUCGGGGGCGGGCACCACCACGGAGAAGAGUGUGCCCUACCAGCGGACGCUGAAGGAGGCCCAGGGCUCCUCGGCGGUGGCCCAAGGCCCAAGCCGGCCCCUGCCCAGCUCGGCCAGCGUCGUGGUCAUCGGCGGAGGCAGCCUGGGCUGCCAGACGCUGUACCACCUGGCCAAGCUGGGCGUGAGUGGGGCUCUGCUACUCGAGCGGCAGCGCCUGACCUCCGGGACCACCUGGCACACGGCAGGCCUGCUGUGGCAGCUGCGGCCCAGCGACGUGGAGGUGGAGCUGCUGGCCCACACGCGGCGCGUGGUCAGCCAGGACCUGCAGGCCGAGACCGGGCUGCACACGGGCUGGAUCCAGAACGGGGGCCUGUUCAUCGCGUCCAACCGGCAGCGCCUGGAUGAGUACAAGAGGCUCAUGUCGCUGGGCAAGGCCUACGGUGUGGAGUCCUACGUGCUGAGCCCGGCGGAGACCAAGGAGCUGUACCCGCUGAUGAACGUGGACGACCUGUACGGGACCCUGUACGUGCCGCACGAUGGCACCAUGGACCCUGCCGGCACCUGCAGCACCCUCGCCCGGGCCGCCACCGCCCGCGGGGCACAGGUCAUCGAGAACUGCCCGGUGACGGGCAUCCGUGUGCGGACGGAUGACUUUGGGGUGCGGCGGGUCGCGGCCGUGGAGACCGAGCACGGCUCCAUCCAGACGCCCUGUGUGGUCAACUGCGCAGGAGUGUGGGCGGACGCGGUCGGCCGGAUGGCUGGAGUCAAGGUGCCACUGGUGGCCAUGCACCACGCCUACGUCGUCACCGAGCGCAUCGAGGGCAUCCAGAACAUGCCCAACGUCCGUGACCACGACGCCUCGGUCUACCUCCGCCUGCAGGGGGAUGCCUUGUCCGUGGGCGGCUACGAGGCGAACCCCAUCUUCUGGGAGGAGGUGUCGGACAACUUUGCUUUCGGCCUCUUCGACCUGGACUGGGACGUGUUCACCCAGCACAUUGAAGGGGCCAUCAACCGGGUGCCCGUGCUGGAGAAGACAGGGGUCAAGUCCACAGUCUGUGGCCCAGAGUCCUUCACCCCCGAUCACAAGCCCCUGAUGGGAGAGGCACCCGAGCUGCGAGGGUUCUUCCUGGGCUGCGGCUUCAACAGUGCAGGGAUGAUGCUGGGCGGCGGCUGCGGCCAGGAGCUGGCCCACUGGAUCGUCCACGGACGCCCGGAGAAGGACAUGUACGGCUACGACAUCAGGCGCUUCCACCACUCGCUCACCGGCCACCGCCGCUGGAUCCGCGAGCGCAGCCACGAGUCCUACGCCAAGAACUACUCCGUGGUCUUCCCCCACGACGAGCCCCUGGCCGGCCGCAACGUGAGGCGGGACCCUCUGCACGAGGAGCUGGUCGCGCGGGGCUGCGUGUUCCAGGAGCGGCACGGCUGGGAGCGGCCAGGAUGGUUUCACCCAGGAGGCGCGGCUCCGGUCCUGCACUACGACUACUACGGGGCUUACGGGAACGAGGCGCACAAGGACUACGCCUACAACCGGCUGCUGGGGGACGACUACACCUUCGACUUCCCGCCCCACCACGACGUGAUCAAGCGGGAGUGCCUGGCCUGCCGCGGGGCCGCGGCCGUCUUCAACAUGUCCUACUUCGGCAAGUUCUACCUGCUGGGCGUGGAUGCGGGGAAGGCCGCCGACUGGCUCUUCUCCGCCGACGUCAGCCGACCCCCAGGCUCCACCGUGUACACCUGCAUGCUGAACGCGCGCGGCGGCACCGAGAGUGACCUGACCGUCAGCCGCCUGGCCCCUGGCCCUGAGGUCGCCCCCCUCGCCCCUGCCUUUGAAGGGGACGGCUUCUACCUGGCCGUGGGCGGGGCCGUGGCCCAGCACAACUGGUCCCACAUCACCACGGUGCUGCAGGACCGGGGGUUCCGGUGCCAGCUCAUCGACCGCUCGGAGGACCUGGGCAUGAUCAGCAUCCAGGGCCCGGCCAGCCGGGCCGUUCUCCAGGAGGUGCUCGACACAGACCUGAGCAACGAGGCCUUCCCGUUCUCCACCCACAAGCUGGUGAGGGCCGCCGGGCACCUGGUUCGGGCCAUGAGGCUGUCCUUCGUCGGGGAGCUGGGCUGGGAGCUGCACAUCCCGGCGCCGUCCUGCCUGCCUGUGUACCGGGCUGUGCUGGCGGCGGGGGCCAAGCACGGCCUGGUCGACGCGGGCUACCGGGCCAUCGACUCCCUGAGCAUCGAGAAAGGAUACCGGCACUGGCACGCGGACCUGCGGCCGGACGACAGCCCCCUGGAGGCCGGCCUGGCCUUCACCUGCAAGCUCAAGUCCGCCGUCCCCUUCCUGGGGCGCGAGGCCCUGGAGCAACAGAGGGCGGCGGGCCUCCGCCGGCGCCUGGUGUGCUUCACUGUGGACGAGAAGGUGCCCAUGUUCGGCCUGGAGGCCAUCUGGAGGAACGGCCGCGUGGUGGGCCACGUGCGCAGGGCCGACUUUGGCUUCGCCAUCGACAAGACCAUCGCCUACGGCUACAUCCGGGACCCCAGCGGCGGGCCGGUCUCCCCGGACUUCGUGAAGAGCGGGGACUACAGCCUGGAAAGGAUGGGGGUGACCUACCCCGCCCAGGCCCACCUGAAGUCCCCCUUCGACCCCGACAACAAGAGGGUGAAGGGGAUCUAUUGAUGGGGCCGGGGGGCGGGGCCUGGGCUGCUCA